GCGGGCGUGCCUGGAAGCGUGGCCACGCCUGGCCGGACCACCAUUUCCCGGGCGCGGAGGUGCGGACCGGCGGGCAGCCGCCCCUGGAGCGCCGAGCGCGGAUCCUCACCAGCAUGAGCGCGCGCUCAGAGCGAGGGGCGGCUGCGGCCCCGGGGGUAGUGCCCGCGCCCUGCGCCUCUAAGGUGGAGCUGCGGCUUAGCUGCAGGCACUUGCUGGACCGUGACCCCCUCACUAAAUCCGACCCCAGUGUGGUGCUGUUUCUGCAAUCGCAGGGCCAAUGGGUGCAGAUGGACAGAACUGAGGUGGUCCGGAGCAGCCUGCACCCCGUGUUCUCUCGUGUCUUCACACUCGACUACUACUUCGAGGAGGUGCAGAAGCUGCGUUUCGAGGUCUACGACACACACGGGCCCGGUGGCCUGAGCUACCUGGAGGAUGAUUUCCUGGGGGGCAUAGAGUGUACCUUGGGGCAGAUCGUGGCCCAGAAGAAAGUGACGCGAGCUCUGCUCCUCAAGUCAGGCCGGACCGCCGGCAAGUCCAGCAUCACGGUGAUAGCAGAAGACAUCUCGGGGAACGAUGGCUACGUAGAACUGUCCUUCCUGGCCAAGAAACUGGAUGACAAAGAUCUUUUCAGCAAGUCGGACCCCUUCCUGGAGCUCUACCGGAUCAAUGAUGACCAGAGUGAGCAGCUGGUGUACAGGACCGAGGUGGUGAAAAACAACCUCAGUCCAGUGUGGGAGCCCUUCAAGGUGUCACUGAACUCCUUGUGCAGUUGUGAGGAGACACGGCCCCUGAAGUGCCUUGUCUGGGAUUACGACUCCCGGGGGAAACACGACUUCAUCGGUGAGUUCUCCACCACCUUCCAGGAGAUGCAGAAGGCCUUCGGGGAGGGCCAGGCCCAGUGGGACUGCGUGAACACCAAGUACAAACAGAAGAAGCGCAACUACAAGAACUCAGGGGUAGUCAUCCUGUCGCACCUGAAGUUCCACAGGGUGUAUUCCUUCCUGGACUAUAUCAUGGGUGGCUGCCAGAUCCACUUCACGGUGGCUAUCGACUUCACAGCCUCCAAUGGUGACCCCCGGAACAGCUGUUCCCUGCACUACAUCAACCCCUACCAACCCAACGAGUACCUGAGGGCCCUGGUGGCUGUGGGCGAAAUCUGCCAGGACUAUGACAGUGACAAGAAGUUUUCUGCCUUGGGGUUUGGAGCCCGAAUUCCUCCCAAGUAUGAGGUGUCCCAUGACUUUGCCAUCAACUUCAACCCUGAUGACGAUGAAUGUGAAGGUAUCCAGGGUGUGGUGGAAUCCUACCAAAACUGCCUGCCCAAGGUCCAGCUCUACGGCCCCACCAACGUGGCACCGAUCAUCAGCAAGGUGGCCCGCACUGCUGCGGCUGAGGAACAUACCGGGGAGGCCUCCCAAUACUACAUCCUGCUCAUCCUGACGGACGGCGUAGUGACGGACAUGGCGGACACUCGGGAGGCCAUUGUGCGGGCCUCUCACUUACCCAUGUCCAUCAUCAUUGUGGGCGUGGGGAACGCCGACUUCACUGACAUGCAGAUCCUGGACGGUGACGAUGGCGUCCUGCGCUCUCCACGUGGCGAGCCCGCACUCCGUGACAUCGUUCAGUUCGUGCCCUUCCGCGAACUCAAGAACGCAUCACCCUCGGCACUGGCCAAGUGCGUGCUGGCUGAGGUGCCCAAGCAGGUGGUGGAGUAUUACAGCCACAAGGAGCUACCUCCUCGAGGCCUCAGCACGCCCCCCCAGGAGGCAGGCCCAGGUUUGGCCCCCCCACGCCUUACACCUCAUCCCCCUGUGAUCCUGUGGGCCUGGGGCAGCAAUGGAACCCCCGAAUCUAAAGGGUGA